AUGGCCGUCUACACCCCAACAUCCAGUUUGGGUUCUGACAGGGAGUUGCCAAAAAUGGAACUCAUAUAUUUCAGCAAUGAGUUUCCAAGGGACGAUCUGCAAGAUCUUUUUCGUCGCAUACACAACCAGAGUAAAGACAAGAGCCACUCGAUUCUGGCUCAAUUCAUAAAGGAGGCUACAUUGGCAAUUAAGGACGAGAUCCGGCACCUACCGACUGAAUUGAAACAAAUUAUACCACCAUUUGAUACUCUUUUAAGCUGGGCAGAAGACAAUGAGCUUCGGGAAGGUUCGAUGUGUGGUGCUGUGGAUGGCGUCCUUCUCAUAGUUGUUCAGCUAGCGGCAUAUAUUGGACAUAUCGAGAGCUUUCCCGAAGAAUUUGGCGAUACUACAAACGCAUGUCUUGCUGGCCUCGGAAUUGGCUUGCUGGCAUCGACCGCAAUUUCUUUAUCUUCGACGCUUGUCGACUUUCCCCUAGCUGGCGCAGAUGUCGUUCGUCUGGCAUUCCGUUUGGGUAUUCAUGUCUUGGCCGUAUCCGAGAAUCUAGAAGCUCGUGAUCUGUCAGAGACCCCAGAUACAUGGGCAUACGUGGUGCAUAAUGUCAAUCCCGAUGACGCCCAGAAGGAACUCGACUUCAUGUACUCUCGUUCGGAAAUUCCUGACACUGGUAGAAUUUUUAUCAGUGCUGUAAGCCGAACUUCGGUGACAGUGAGUGGUCCACCAACAAGAUUGAAGGCGAUUUUCAAUAAAUCAGAGUUCUUUCGAGAAACCAGGUUUAUUGCUUUGCCUGUUUAUGGUGGCUUGUGUCAUGCUCCACAUAUUUAUGGAGUGGCGGACGUUAAGAGCAUUGUUCAUGGGAGGCUUUUAAAUACAGUCAGUGCAAAUUUUUCACCAACGAUCCCAGUCUACUCGACUAGCACUGGUCUGCCAUACCCAGUCAAGACUGCCGGUGACCUUUUUGAAAGUGUUGUGACAGAACUCUUGACGAAGGCGAUCUAUUGGGAUAAUGUCAUUCGUGGUGUGGUGGACCGAGUUAAGGGAACUGCUGCCCCUGAAGCAGUACUGUACAGCUUUGGCAACUCCAUACCUCUCAACGACCUCAACACUGCGUUCAAAAAUGAUGUGCCAGAUGUCGAAGUCUCAAGUAACAAUCUGAUUUCCUGGGUCUUCAAACUAAAUCCUAAUGACACUACGCCCCGCAACCCAGCCCAGGCCAAACUUGCCAUCAUUGGUAUGUCAUGUCGACUUCCAGGAGGCGCGACAAACACAGAGAAAUUCUGGGAGCUCCUAGAGAAAGGUCUGGAUGUCUCACGGCAAAUACCAGCUGAUAGGUUCGACAUUGAAACACACUUCGAUCCUACCGGCAAGGACCUGAACAAGACCAUGACCCAAUACGGCUGCUUUAUCGACGAGCCUGGCCUGUUCGACGCCCCAUUCUUCAAUAUGUCACCCCGUGAAGCCCAGGUUGUGGACCCGCAGAUGCGCUUGGCUCUUGUCACUGCGUAUGAGGCGCUAGAGCGUUCUGGUUACGUUGGUAAUCGCACCGCUUCCACACGUUUGCAACGCAUUGGUACAUACUAUGGCCAAGCUGCCGAUGACUACCGCGAGGUCAACCAAGGUCAGGAGGUUAGCACCUACUAUAUCCCAGGUGGAUGUCGCGCUUUUGGGCCUGGUCGAAUUAAUUACUUUUUUAAAUUUGCGGGUCCCAGCUACAGCAUUGAUACUGCUUGCUCCUCUGGGCUUGCGGCGAUUGAGAUUGCCUGCCAAGCUCUUUGGAGUGGCACUGUUGAUAUGGCCGUCACAGGUGGUGUUAACGUGCUAACAAACCCUGACGGUUUCACUGGGUUGUGCAACGGUCACUUCCUCACCAAGGGACACAAUGCAUGCAAAACCUGGGAUGCAACCGCUGAUGGAUACUGCCGAGCCGACGGUAUUGGUUCGAUUGUGAUUAAGAGACUAGAGGAUGCAGAAGCUGACAAUGACAACAUCUUGGGCGUCAUUCUCGGUGCAGGAACAAACCAUUCCGCAGAAGCGGUCUCCAUUACUCACCCUCAUGCAGGCCAUCAAGCCUAUUUGUCUCGCCAGGUCCUCCGACAAGCCGGUGUAGAUCCCUUGGAUGUAUCAUAUGUCGAGCUUCAUGGAACCGGUACUCAAGCUGGUGAUCAUGAAGAAAUGCAGGGAAUUAUGGAGGUAUACGCGCCACCGACUAAGCGCCGCAGCAAGGAUCAACCUCUGCAUAUCGGAUCUGUUAAAGCGAAUAUCGGGCAUGGAGAAUCUGUUGCAGGUGCAUCGUCGUUGAUUAAGGUGCUUCUCAUGCUUCAAAAGAAUGCCAUUCCACCCCAUAUUGGUAUCAAAACAGAGAUCAACCCCAAGUUCCCCAAAGAUUUUGACAAGCGCAACUUGCAUAUCCCCUUCCAGAAAACCCCGUGGCCAAAAGUUCCCGGUAAGAAACGGCUUUUAGCUGUCAAUAACUUUGGUGCGGCUGGUGGUAAUACAACAAUGGUCCUAGAAGAGGGUCCAGAUCGCAUUAUUACAGAGAAAGACCCUCGUCCAAACCAUGUCAUUACAGUUUCGGCAAAGACUAAGGGAUCGUUGACCGGGAAUAUAGAGCGCCUUAUUGCUUAUCUUGAUGCAAAUCCAGAUACAAACAUCGCCGAUCUCUCAUACACGUCAAAUGCGCGUCGCUACCACCACAGUUAUCGUGUAGCAAUAGCGACCUCUGAUGUGGUACAUCUCAAGAAACAGCUAAACUCCCGCUUGGAAAAAGUUGAUUCGCUAAAACCUGUUGGCAAGUCCGGACCACCACCAGUUGCUUUUACAUUCACUGGCCAGGGCGCUUCUUAUAAAUCGAUGAGCUUGGAAUUGUAUCGCGAUGUACCGACAUUCCGAGAACAUAUCGAACAUCUUGACUCACUCGCUCGUGGACAAGGUUUUCCAUCUUUUAUUCCCGCACUUGAUGGAUCGCAUCCUAAAGACCAUGCGCAUUCCCCAGUCAUUACUCAGCUGGCAUUGGUCUGCACCGAGAUUGCUUUGGCCAAAUACUGGACUUCUCUAGGAGUCAAGCCAGAUGUUGUUAUGGGCCACAGCCUCGGUGAAUAUGCUGCGAUGCACGUGGCUGGUGUAGUCACUGCAAACGAUACUAUCUUUAUGGUGGGAUGCAGGGCUCAAAUGCUUGAGGAAAGGUGCAAGGUCGGCAGUCAUACCAUGAUGGCUGUACGAGCUUCUCUGGCCCAAAUAGUUGAAAGCUCUGCUGGCAAGCCACAUACGAUUGCUUGUGUCAACGGUCCUUCGGAUACAGUCCUUAGCGGUACCAAGGACCAAAUGGAUGACCUCGCUUCCGUACUGGGGGCUGCCGGUUACCGCUGCAUUAAGCUGGAUGUUGCUUUUGCAUUCCACUCCGAACAGACUGAUCCUAUUUUGGACGAUUUCGAGACCAUUUCAAAGACGGGUGUCGUUUUCCAGGAGCCAAAGUUACCAGUAAUCUCGCCAUUACUUGGUAAGGUCGUCUUCGACGGUAAAACUUUCAACGCAAAUUACGUCCGACGAGCAACCAGAGAGACGGUUGACUUUCUAUCCGCAUUAGAGAAUGCUCAAGCGAUAUCCACGAUUAGUGAUGAAACUGUAUGGGUCGAAAUUGGACCUCACCCAGUCUGUACCGGGUUUGUCAAGUCCACAAUCCCAUCUACUCGGCUCACAAUUCCAUCAUUGCGCCGUGGCGAGGACAGUUGGAAAACUUUGGCCGAGAGCAUGGCUGCAUUGCAUCUUGCCGGCGUUGAAGUUGGUUGGAAUGAAUUCCAUCGUCCCUUCGAGAGCAGAGUCAGACUUCUUGAUUUGCCGACGUAUGCCUGGAAUGAGAAGAACUACUGGUUGCAGUACAAGGGUGACUGGUGCUUGACAAAAGGCAAUACUUUUUAUACUAAAGAAAUUGCUGGUAAAGCCAAUUCAACACCUAAGUCACUUCCGCCAAGUGAAAUCCAGACAUCAACAGUGCAGCAGAUCAUUGAGCAGGAUUUCAAAGGGUCUGCGGGUACGGUGACAAUGCAGUCGGAUCUUAUGCAAGCUGAUUUCCUCGCUGCUGCCCAUGGACACAAGAUGAAUAACUGCGGCGUUGUUACAUCUUCUAUCCACGCCGACAUCGCCUACACUCUCGGUGACUACCUAUACCGCAAGCUAGUUCCCAAGGCCAAGGGAGUCAACAUGAAUAUUGUCGAUCUAGUUGUGACAAAGGGACUUGUAGCUCAAAGUAAUACCAAAGUGCCUCAGUUGAUCCGAGUGACUGCUGCUACUUCUGAUGUCCACUCUGGCGCAGUAGAUUUGACAUGGCAAAAUGUCGACAAUGACGAUAAUGUUCAUGAGCCGUUUGCUACCGCAAAACUUUAUUAUGGAGAUGCAUCCGAAUGGAUAUCUUCUUGGGGCCCCGUCACUCAUCUUGUUCAAGGCCGAAUCGAAACCCUCGAGCGCUUGGCCGUCGAAGGUAAAGCCAACCGCUUCUCGCGCAAUAUGGCCUACACUUUGUUCGCCAGCAACUUAGUUGACUAUGCUGAAAAAUACCGCGGCAUGCAAUCGGUUGUGAUGCAUGAGUUGGAGGCUUUCGCUGAUGUGCAACUUACCACGAAGGAAAGCGGGGUCUGGACGGUCCCUCCAUAUUUUAUUGACAGCGUGGCACAUUUGGCAGGCUUUGUCAUGAACUGCUCUGACGCUAUGGAUACAAAGAACAAUUAUUGCGUUACUCCAGGUUGGAAGUCAAUGCGACUUGCGAAGCCAUUGCUCCCCGGUGCUAAAUAUCGUUCCUAUGUCAAGAUGAUUCCGACAAUCGAGGACCCAACUGUCUUCCUGGGGGAUGUUUAUAUCAUGCAAGACGAUGUCAUCAUUGGGAUGGUUGGUGGUAUCCAGUUCCGUCGUUAUCCACGUCUCCUACUCAGUAGAUUCUUCUCACCUCCAGACAAAAUGGCAGCCAUGGAGGGUAAACCAAAAGCAGCUGCCCCUAAGGCCACGGCACCAGCACCAGCACCCAAAGCCCCCGCGACAGAGUCAAAGCUAGAAGCAUCUAUUCCUGAUUCCGAAGCUAGCAAAAAGGUCGUGCAGAGCCAACCCUCUCCUCCACCUCAGGAAGCUCCUGCCACUGCUACUACUGACACCGAUGCACCGUCAAUCGAGGCUGCAGCCGCUUCGGGUAGCGUCACUGCCAAAGCACUCAUGCUUAUUGCUAAAGAAGCGGCGUUAGAUAUCUCGGACUUGGAGGAUGAUGCCGGUUUUUCAAAUCUUGGUAUUGACAGUUUGAUGUCACUUGUCAUAGCUGAAAAGUUCAGGACGGAAUUGGAUGUUAAGGUCGGUGGCAGUCUCUUCCUGGACUACCCGACGAUUGGUGAUUUGCGGAAAUGGCUGGAGGAAUACUAUAGCUAG